ACACCCGAGCUUUCUGAGGCAUCAGUUACUUUUGGCGGGAAAGUUGUUGACACGUGCCAGAGAGCGUCUGCGUCCAUCGCGGUCUGCUGUAGCCUCGGAGAGUCUAAACUGCAGCCGGGUGUUUUCGGACCAACUUGAGCAUUGUCACGUUAUUUCAGGUUGUGAAGGAGUUCUCCCUUAUUCCUGUCCGAGAUAUAACGCCUCAACGACAAUGAGCUGGAGUUUGUCGUGCCUUGCAAUUUCAGCCGCCUGCAUGGUUUUAUGCACCACGGGCGUAACAAAUGCUGCUACAGUGCCGUCUUCGAUUGUGCUAGCCGAGGAACGGGUCAACGAGCUCGUGAAGAUUCUCUCCGAUAUCAAAAAGAGCAUACGGCCACGGAACUGCGCGGACCACUUGCAUGCUGGUCAGACUACGAGUGGACUCUACAACGUUUUUCUUCGGGCUGACGACAUCACUGGAAAGCUGGUCUACUGUGACAUGGAGACAGACGGAGGAGGCUGGACGGUGAUCCAGCGGCGUGGUCAGUUCGGAAACAGCGCCUACUACUUCUACCGGAACUGGACGGAAUACGCGGAGGGCUUUGGUGACCCUUCCAAGGAAUGCUGGAUUGGCAACAAGGCGUUACAUGCCCUGACAGAGGAUGGCGAAGGCAUGGAGCUAAGGAUCCUGCUGAAGAACGACACCGGUGACAGCGUCUCCAUUGAAUACGACAGUUUUCAGGUCGCCUCGGAGGAUCAGCACUUCAAGCUGCAGUUGGGAGAUCUCCUUGGUCCACCUGGCUGGGACGCUCUCAGGGACGGCCACAACUGCGCCUUCACCACUUUCGACCAGGACCACGACAACUUGCCGGAAAACUGCGCCAAAACAUUCCGCGGUGCCUGGUGGUACAACAGGUGCCACGCGGCCAACCUCAACGGCCUCAAUAUGAAUGGCUGGCACGAAAGCUUCGCCGACGGCAUCGAGUGGAGUCUACGAGGCACUCCCGGUCACCUUUACCACUAUUCGUACCCCAGUGCUACAAUGAUGAUACGUCCCACCGGAACGCAAAUUCAGAGGCGUAUUAACUCCGCGGGGAGAGAAAAGGAAGGCGUAUAGGUCACUUCGUUGGUAGGAAGUUCGAGUUCACGCUGAGAUGGGCCAGCCAAUGAACAAGCAUAUGUCGAAUAAUGGUUUAGUUUCGGGAUGUCUGAGGCCCAUUCGGCUAACAUUGCGCGAUCCAAGUUGACACAUUACAUUUGUUGCUUCCUAUCAGCAAGCCUGCUCUCGAUGUACGGAAUAUCAUCUCGCUGCAAAAUUAAAACCGUAGAGAGCGUGAACGUACCGUA